AUGGACCGGGAUCGACGUCUCCGCGAUAGAGCCUCCAGGCUUGACGCUCCUCACCCAUAUUCCCGGACUCCCCACUCUCCAAAUGGAAUGUUGACCGCGAGAGAGGAACAGAUGAUACCACCGACGUCCAUGCCUCCAGCGCCAGACUCGAUGGAACCAUCGGCUCAAAUCACGCCCGACGAUAUUGUCAUCGCCGUCAUGGGCGUCACCGGGGUGGGCAAAAGUAGCUUCAUCGCCCAUCUUGCCAAAGAUCCGUCGACUCUGACUGUCGGGCACUCCCUGGAGGCAUGUACGAGCAAAGUGGGGAUCCAUGAAUGUGUCUCCAAAACGGACAAGCGACUUUUCCUGAUCGACACCCCCGGAUUCGACGAUACCCACAAGAGCGACACCGAUAUCCUCCGGGAGGUUGCAGACUGGCUGCAACGGGCCUAUCAAAACCGAAUCCUGCUCUCCGGGAUUAUCUAUUUGCAUCGGAUCACCGACGUCCGCAUGGGUGGUUCUGCGAUGAAGAAUCUGCGCAUGUUCAAGAAACUCUGCGGGGAUAAUGGGCUGGCCAACGUCGUCCUGGCGACGACGAUGUGGUCUUCCGGUGUCGAUGAGAAGACGGCUGUGUACCGAGAAGAGCAGCUCAGGACGCAACCGGACUUUUGGGCCAAGAUGGUGGAAAAAGGGAGCAAGAUCUUUCGGCAUGACCGGGGCGCUGCAUCAGCCACCGAGAUCGUUGACUACCUCAUCUCCCGGAAGCAGACCGUCGUCUUGGACAUCCAACGGGAGCUGAAAGCCAUCUCCCGGCGGGACCAGCAAUACCAACGAGAAAUCGAAGAGAUGAAACGGGACAUGCUCGGGCUCCUGAAGCAAAGUGAGGUAGAUAAGGAGAAGCUGCGCGCCGACAAGGAUGAAUUGCGCCGCCAGAUGGAGCGCGAAGAGUACUUGCGGAGACAAGAAGCGCGAGCUAAGGAGCGCGAGGUCGAGGACUUGAGGAGGAGAGUGGCCCACAUGGAACAGGCGGCGGCGAAGACCGGGAGAACAGACCCCGGCGCCGGCUAUAUGCAGCUUUUAUCUCAUGAAUCAACAAGCAAUGAUCCAGGAUCUCAACCGUCGGCUCGAUCAGCGAGAGAGGGAGGUGGCUGCGUUGAGGGCCGAGAGAGAAGAUAG